AAAAAAAGGAAAAUCAUUAGAAGAAUUUGAAUUAUAUAGGAGCAUUAGCGAUAGAAAUUGAAUCGAAGAGAGGAGGGAUGGAGAGGGAGAAUCAGAUACCAUGUAAGCAAAGCUAACUAGUUAAAAAGAUGAGAAAGAAAGCCACUACAGCUCAAGCAUCUCCUUUUCAACCUCGGCAAAAACCACAAACAGUUCCCUUCUCUCUCAAACUCUGUCUGUGACUCGAGAAACCAAACAUUACAAAGAAGAAGAGAAGAUAUAAAGCGAAAAUGGCGAACAGUAGUGGUGAAGUACAAGAGGGGCAGAAAGUGGUGGUUCAAGAAGAAGAAGCGCACCCAUAUGCAUUUCAUGUUUCCGGGCCUCGAAAUGUGGCCUCUCCUAAUUGGAGAGACCUUAUCAAUUCUAGUUGGAAGAAUGAGAACCACAAGCGAACAGUAUUCUCCUGCUUCAUUCAAGCAGUUUACUUGCUUGAAACUGACAGACAAGAGAACAGAACUGAGGAAAAUGCACUUGCUCCAAAUUGGUGGCGAAGCUUCAAAUACAAAUUGACCCAAACCUUAGUUGAUGAAAGAGAUGGGUCUAUAUUUGGUGCAGUACUAGAAUGGGAUCGAGCUGCAGCAUUAGCUGACAUGGUUCUUAUUAGACCUAGUGGAGCACCAAAGGCUGUUUUAGCACUUCGAGGAACAUUACUCAAAGGCCCCACAAUCCUGAGGGAUAUUGAAGAUGACCUCCGUUUUCUAGCCUGGGAAAGUUUGAAAGGUUCUGUCAGAUUCAAAGUAGCACUGGAGGCAUUAAGAUCAGUUGCUGAAAUGUAUGGAAGCAGGAACGUAUGUGUUGCUGGUCAUUCCUUGGGGGCUGGUUUUGCUCUCCAGGUGGGAAAAGCAUUAGCUAAAGAAGGUAUGUAUGUGGAGGCCCAUUUAUUUAACCCGCCUUCUGUUUCUAUGGCAAUGAGCUUAAGAAACAUAGGAGAAAGGGCUGGGUUUGCUUGGAAUAGAUUUAAGUCAAUGCUUCCUUCUAGUAGUGAAACUCAGGCCACCAGUGAUGAGGGGGAGACGGCUAAUACUGUAGGAUUGAGGAGCUGGAUACCUCUUUCAGGUUAUAAAACUUCUAUGGGAUUAAAAAAUUGGGUGCCUAAUUUGUAUGUGAACAAUAGUGACUAUAUCUGUUGCUCCUACACCGACCCAGAUGGAACUGAAAAUAAACAAGCUGACAAGGAGAAUGCAGGUCCUGGAAAUGGGCAAGUUGCAGCGAAACUGUUUGUAAUGUCCAAAGGAAAACAGAAGUUUCUUGAGGCUCAUGGAUUGGAGCAAUGGUGGUCUGAUGAUGUGCAGCUUCAACAGGCUCUGCAUAACAGCAAGCUCAUGAGCAGGCAGCUGAAAUCGCUGUAUACUUUCCCAGCUUCACAACCAACACAGCGAACCCCACAAUGACAUAAGGUCGUUGCUUUCAUUGUUUGCUAAAUAACUCGUUUUCGAUCCUGUUUCUUUCACACUAUCAAUUCUGUGUUUGUAUUCUGUAUCUGAUAGUAAACAGAUUGAGGAAAAAAGAAAAAGGGCAAAGCAAAACUGUAUUCACAGAUUGUCUUGCUGGCAAAUUGCUAAUUCAUUCUUCAAUCUGUUGUUAAUCUUUUUUCUUUUUUUCAUUUCUUUAUUGCUCAACACUUCUUGCUA